UGUGGUUUAGCUGCACCAAUCAAAGCAGUAAAGUGUGUAGUUAAUUAAGCAAGACUAUAGUGGUCAAACAAUUCAUCUUGGGGUGAUGGAGAGAGCAGCGUUGCCAACCGCAAUCAUAUCACAUAAUUAUACCAUUUAUAAAUGGUAUAAUUUCGUGAUUUAAUUGCUGUAUGUAUAUAUUUAAUACAGACUAGCUCCAAAAUAAGUGAACAUUGAGAAAUUAUCCAAUGGAUUAUGUACAUUUUCUGACUAUUGGUUUGAACAAGGUGAUGCGCAGAUUCACUGACCUAAAAAUAAUCUUGAAUUGCGAAAUAACCUACACUUUUUUUUCAAGUGAUCUUUACCCAGGCUUCAAAAAUCCUUUUAAUUCUGUGUAGCGUCUCCCGCAGGCUGAUCCUCUCAACCGCAAGGAGGCCACACGCAGUACAAUUUCAACAAAUCAAAUGCUGCGGUUUCAGAGAUUAGCCCGUGAUGCUGAAGAAUGUGGAUUUUACAGUAGGGUUUCUCGUGUUGUCUUUUAUUUUCCGAGCGAUUGAAUACACGGGGGGCCUUUGCAAACUUAAAUAUAGGACUGACCCACUCUUUCUGUUGAUGGUGUAAUGUUCUAUGCCGUCGGUUAGUCUCGAAAUGUAUGAAAAACAAUAGGCUUUUGGAAUUCAUUGUAGUCUAGAUGCACUCAACGUAGAGGUUUUCCUUCUCACGUUGGCUACAAGCGACUCUGAUCAACAAACACAGAAAGAGAUGCUGUAAUUGGAGUGGACCAGGAACUACCAGAGAGGAGGAGGAGGAGGAGGAGGAGGAGAGGGAGGAGGAGGAGGAUAUCACCAUGAAAGGUCUGAGUGCCUCCAGGUUCUGCUUCUACUUGGGUUUUGUAGUGGGGACCCUCAGCCUGUACCUCUUCCUGCGCCAGCUAUGGUUUGAGAGGAGCAUGGAGCUCCCUGUGCUGGGAGGGGUCCAGGGCAGCUCAGUAGCAGCGGUGGCAGAGGAGAGGCAGGCCAGUGUGGCGAGAGCAGCCCUCAUCAACCUCAACGUCCCACACCACACAGGUGACUACAGUCGCGUGGCAGAUGAGUUGUACCAGAAGGUGCGCAUCCUGUGCUGGGUGAUGACAGGUCCCAGUAACCUGCAGACAAAGGCCCGCCAUGUCAAGGCCACCUGGAGCCGCCACUGCAACGUGGUGGUCUUCAUGAGCUCUGUCGAUGACCCAGACUUCCCCACCGUAGGGCUGGGGACAGGGGAGGGCCGCGACCAGCUCUACUGGAAGACCAUCCGGGCCUUCCACUAUGCCCUGGAGCAUCAUGGGAACGAAGCCGACUGGUUCCUCAAGGCAGAUGACGACACCUUUGUAGUGGUGGACAACCUCCGCUGGGUACUGUCCAAUCACACACCCGAGGAGCCCCUCUACUUCGGCAAGCGCUUCAAGCCCUACGCCAAGCAGGGGUACAUGAGUGGCGGAGCGGGGUAUGUGUUGAGUAAGGAGGCUCUCAGGAGGUUCGUGGAGGGAUUCAAGACCAAGGUGUGUACUCAUACCACCUCUGUGGAGGACUUGGCUCUGGGACAGUGUCUGGAGAAGAUGGGGGUUCUGGCCAUGGACUCGAGGGAUACGUUGCAGCGUGAGACGUUUCAUCCAUUCGUGCCGGAACACCACCUGACUGGGAAGUUUUCCAAGAGCUUCUGGUACUGGAACUACUGCUACUACCCCAUCGUAGAGGGUCCCCAGUGCUGCUCAGACCUGGCAGUAUCCUUCCACUAUGUGGACGCAGAGCUGAUGUACACGCUGGAGUACUGGACCUACCACCUCCGUGCCUACGGCUACAGAUACCGCUACAGACCUCCACUACCGCAGGGCCUGGUGGAGCGGCUGGCCCAGCCGGAAAGGGCCACUGUGGGGGCAGCUGGUAGAGGGACAAUCCCAGCUGGUAUUCUUGUCGUUGGUGGUGGAGACCAGUCCAAAAUGGAGGCAGUGUCAUAUAAAGGGGCUGCGGGGGGAAGUAAAAUCCCCAUGGACAACAACAGGACUGCAGUCACACAGGAGAGACAGCAGUGAUUCUCAUUGGGCCGAAGCCUAACUUCCACUUAAGUGGAACGUGAACGUGGUCAUGCGUUGGUGUCAAUGGGUCUGUUUGAUUUGAAGCGUUUGAAUGUGUUUUUAAGGUGGUAACGGGAGUGUGUUGUUGUGUGUGGUGGAAACAGGACUUGUGAAAUGGUCACGCCAGGAACAGGUUCGAUAUUUCCUACAUUGUGCACAAGUUCCACCACAGUUCAGGUUUGAUUGGUUGGAGGGGAUUUAUUCAUCCAUAUACUGCACAACUUUUUACUCGAACGUGUUAACUGUUUUUUAUCGAUAUCUAUUGCUGUUUUAUCUGAGAUUCUGUUUGAAUUCCAAUGGUAUGCCGUUAGUGACCAUGUAUCUGUAUAAACUUCUAGAUCAUUUACUUCAUGUAGCCCACGCUGCAUAAAAACAUUCUGACCUGGACAUUUCCGAUAGCAUGAUAUCAAGCAUUUCUGUGUCUUACAGUUGAUUCGGAAAAAAUCAUCAUUUCCACAACUAACAGUGCUCCUGUAUUCCGUUCCGUUAUUGACCGUCCAUAACUAUUCAAUUCUAUAUUGGUAUUGCACUUUUCGAGAGAUAUGAAGGGACCUUUAUAUGCGUGCACUGAACAAUGGUCGUUUCUUAACGUUGUCGAAUUUCCGUCAGAAUAUGAGGUUUUCGACGUCAGGUCAAGCUGAUAGAGCACAUUUUUGAAUGGUAUUACAUUGCUCUGUGGUGUAACUAAGUGUGAGUGUGUUUCAUGUCAAAUGUAAUACCCAUAUGUUUUUAAUAUCCACUAUAUUCUAGAUAAUCUGCUAAGCAGUUGAAUGGCCUUAAAGUGGGGUAGAUUACACUUACUAUAACUACAGUACUAAAGUAUUUUUUGGACAGUACUACUUAAUGUUCAUUUUUGGUUACAUAUUCAAAGUGCCGGAUGGAAGCAUCUUUCUCGUUGCUAUGAUUUAAAAUGUUGUAACCAAAUAUCUUUCAGUUAAUUGUCAGUAUUGUUGCCACAUUUUAUUAUUUAUUUCAUUUGAAUCACAAACAUAUGGUAAAGAAAUAGAUCUUAUCAGAUGGGACUGUUACGGAUAUCUUUCAGAUAAUACAUUAUAUAGCAAUUAGUUACUAUGACAACCCAUCAGGGCACAUGUUACAGUAGCAGGUUGAUUUUGGUCAGUUUAAAUUCCAUAGAUGUUUUCGCAAAAUACUUUUGUUUUGUAAAAUAAAUAGUUGUCUUUUUCUGUGUUGUAUAAUAAUAACUCCAAUCUUCUGAAAAGGGGUUUUGCCUUGGCUGGAUGUUAGGGAUGGGUUCUGGAUGACUGUCUUGUCUACAGCCCACGCCGAAACCUGGAUCAGACAAUAACAGUGGAUUUUUAGUUAUACAUUUACAAUCAGUAAAGUUUCAUGAAUGUGUUUUUAAA